CCAUGUGCCUCAUGUCUGUCUUUAUGACUUCUGUAGAACAGCCCACCUGUAAAGAAGGACUCGUUAUUAAUGUCGUGGUAACGGGGAUCAGCCAAUCAGCGCCUUUGUUUUUGGAGUCACGGAGAGGACACCCGUUUUGCGCGAACUGAUAGGUUUCGUUUUUGAGUUAACGGUGAGAGUGGCCGGGAAGCCCAUCGUAGAUAUUUCUGAAGAGAAUAGUUAAUAAAUCAGUCAUCUGUGCUGUGAUCCGUGCAUGUGUGCGUUCAGAGACAUGUGAGUACCCUGGUGAAUGUUUUACAUAUGUGUUUUUGGUUGCUGUUGUUACUGAGAGAAGGCUGUUUAGUUUAAUAAUAAGCUAAUGUGUGCUGGUAUAUUAUUUUGUUUAUUUGAUUUAAAUAGCUAAAGUUACCUGAAGGGAAGAUUAUACUAAAUGACAAGUAUUAGCUUUAAUAAUUGUAUCCUGACAGCAUUUUUUGUUACUUAUAUGCUGAUAUUGUUCUUUUCUUUAUUGUUGUUGUAGAACCACACAUACUGUACAUUCUAAGAAGACAGACAAUCAUCUGUUGGCUGUCAAUAAACCCCUUCAAGAGAGUCAGAGCAUCCAGUUGCAUUCUUACCGAUGCACCACAGUGGUCACUUAUCCCAACAAGCUAUAAUUACAGUCCUAGCUAUCAAGGUCUUCGUUUCAAAUUGGUCCUUCGAGCCGGAGAUUGUGUGACUGCUGUGAAGGAGGAUGUUUCCAUAUGGUAGAGGUGAGGCGACGCCACUUCCUAAUACCCGUCCGAGACGUCAGACACGUCCGCCAACCUGGUUUGCUGAUUAUGAAGUCUCCCUGCCUGUUGUGGAGGGACCCCCCCAGGCUGCAGCACUCUCCUCACAGCCCUCCUAUCAGAUACAGGAGCCCCUUUUUCAGAUGCAGGAGCCCUAUUACAGUAGUGAGAGGAUUGACCAGAUGUCAAGCACUUCACAGCUACUUGAUCAGUGGAACCGGACUGCUGCUCGCUCUAAGUAUUCCAGAGAGUCAGUGUUCUCGGGACCCCAUUAUGAGAGCACCCCAGCUAGACCACUGUCUCACAGAGUAACCCCAAGGGCUUCACCUGAAAUAUUAGAUGAGCUGCAAAGGAUAAGAGAGGAGAACCAAAGGCUACAACUCAUCGUAAUGGAGAUGCAAACACAGCUUAAUCUAAGUAAAGGUCCAGAUCCAUCACAACACACUGCAUUCUUCCCCCCGGAGUACAGCCCGCACGCUCAACCCUCAGUGCACACUGCCGCCACUAGCUCACUAAGACCCACACCACAGGUUACGGCCCAUACUACAUUAGCACCUGUGCAGGUAUCCAGUAAAAUAGAAGUGGACGAUGAAGACUGGCCCCUUCCCCCCUCUCCAGUGGCAGAUGAUGAGGAGAAACCACAGCUAUCCACUACCACACUGCCCACAGAGUUAGUGGUAGAGUGGAUGACAUGCCUUAAGAAGAUGGGGAUUACUCAGGAGCAGCUUCCUGAAAUGUCAGCAUCAGAGAACAGUAAGCUGGUUGCAUCUGGUCGGAUGGUGAGGUCACACCAGCCGACAGAGCCGCAAGACCGUCCACAUAUUUUACCUCAUGUGAUUCCUCCUGAGCCAGGCGCAGCUGAUGGACAGAGACCUGAAGACUUUCACUCCCGCCAAGCAACAGAGUACAUAUAUCGGGGCCCUCAACCCACCAUCCCAGAUUUUAGUAGAGGAGACCCACGUGAGUUUGCUAGGCUGAAGACCUCCCUGGAAAAUCUCCUUCCCAAGGAUGUUACGGAGAGGUUUAAAUAUCAGAUUCUAGUUGACCAUCUAAAAUUUGAGGAAGCACUCCUCAUUGCUGACUCAUACACCAACUCUACCCAACCCUACACCGACACUAUGGCCUCCUUAACAGAGCACUAUGGGCAACCUCACCAGCUAGCAUUAAGGCGGAUUGCCGAUCUGAUGGAGGCGCCUAACAUCCGUAGUCAGGACAUUGCUGCCUUUAAAGGAUUUGCCCUCAGAGUGAGAGCCCUGGUUGGCAUGCUCGAUCAGCUUGGAGAGAAAGGCCAUAUUGAGCUUCAGUGUGGGUCCCAUGUCACUAGGCUUACGUCCAAGCUCCCGCAAGACAUGCGGUCUGGAUUUCUGAGACACCUACAACCCCUCGGCAUCCGUGUCCCUACGCUGUUAGACUUCGCUAGCUGGCUGGAGUUUGAGCUGCAGAUUCAGAAGUAUGGAUAUGAAUCCCGACCCAGAGAGAACCCGGAAGGUAAAAGGGAGAGACGGAAGGACUCAAAGUAUGGCAGGCCAACCACAGUCCUCCAUGGAGCGGAACAGUCUUCAAGUGGCCCGACUGUCCCAGUAUUCCCAUCCACCAGUGCCAAUCCACAAGGCAAAGUCACUCUGCCCUGCCCAUACUGUACCGAUGCCCUGCAUUACUUGAACCAGUGCAGUAAAUUUAGCCAGCUAACAACUGAGCAGCGGAGAGAUUGGAUCAAGAGAAACAGGCGGUGCUGGCGUUGUGGUCGCUGUCAUCAGGCCGCACAGUGCAAACUAAAGGCCAGGUGCAAGAAUUGUAAUGGCAGACAUCUGGAAGCUCUCCAUGACCUUAACAUUAGGUCAGCCAUAGUGACACCAGCCACAGAGAACACCUCCUGUUUAGUUAGUACCGCCAAUGAAGUUCUCUACUUGGAUAGGCAGUCUGGCUGUAGUCAGGUGCUCCUGAAGGUAACAAAGGUUGUGCUACAUAAUGGAGAGCAGGCCCUGGAGACCUACGCGAUACUGGAUGACGGGUCAGAGCGGACUAUGUUACUUCCAGCCGCUGCUAAAGAGCUUAAACUUAAAGGGGAACCAGAGAGCCUCGCUUUAAGGACUGUGCGCCAGGAUCUUAGAAUUCUACAGGGUAUGUCUGUCUCCUUCUCUAUUUCUCCUGCCAGUCACCCUCAAAGAUCCUACAAGAUCCGGAGAGCCUUUACUGCCGAUCAGCUGGGGCUGGCAGAGCACUCACAACCGGUGAAGACACUCCAGCGCAAAUAUAAACACCUGAAAGGACUCCCUUUGCAAACAUUGGAAUGUGUUCAUCCCAUGGUCCUUAUUGGGUCAGACUACACGCACCUGAUCACGCCAGUGGAACCGGUUCGUAUGGGUCCGCCUGGAGGACCAGCCGCUGUAAAGACCAAGUUGGGCUGGACUAUUCAGGGCCCAACCAAAAUCCUCAGACAAUAUCUCCAGCCACAGCAGUGUCUGCAUAUCGCCACACAGUCACCCUCUGCAGAGCUCCUUCAUCAUGUUGAGAAGCUAUGGCAAAUGGACGUAUUGCCUUAUAGGAGUGAGAAGAUGGUGAUUCGCUCAAAGCUCGAUCAAGAGGCAGUUCGCAUGCUGGAAACCAGGACAGUGAGGGUGGAAGUCGACGGAGUCAAUCGCUACGCCACCCCCUUGCUUCGUGUAAAGAACAUGCCCUGUCUCCACACCUCCAAGGAUGCUGUACUGGCGAGUCUGCGGAGCACCGAAAGACGUCUGAUGAAAGACCCAAUACGAGCAUCAGCCUAUGCAGCAGAGAUCCUGAAGUUGGAACAGGCAGGGUAUGUGAAGAAGGUAACAGAAGAAGAGCUGAGUUUGUCGACAGAGUCCUGGUUCAUACCUCACCACAUGGUGAGUCAUAAUGGAAAAAACAGACUCGUAUUCAACUGCUCCUUUGCAUACAAGGGCUAUAACCUGAAUGAGCUUCUGCUACCAGGCCCCACGUUGACCUCCAGCCUGUUAGGUGUCCUGCUAAGAUUUUGGGAGCAUUCUGUCGCUAUAAGUAGUGACAUAAAAGGCAUGUUCCACCAAAUCAGGCUGCUGCCAGAAGACAGAUCCCUGCUUCGUUUUGUUUGGAGGGACCUGAACAAAGAGGCGCCACCCUGCACUUAUGAGUGGCAGGUCCUCCCCUUCGGAACGACAUGCAGCCCCUGCUGUGCAACGUUUGCACUCCAGAAACAUGUGACCGACCAUAGCCAGCCAGAGGAGGACGUCAGGGUGGCCGUUGAGCAUUAUUUUUAUGUGGAUAACCACUUACAGAGCCUCUCAUCCCCUACAGCAGCAAGACAGCUGGUUGACAAAUUGAAGACGUUAUUAGCCUCAGGGGGUUUCGAGUUGCGUCAGUGGACUAGUAACGUCCCAGAAGUUAUCAGUCACCUUCCAAAAUGGGCGAGAUCCGAAAGCAGUGAGUUAUGGUUUACAGAAUCAAUGGAGGAUCCACAGGAGCUCGCACUUGGACCCCGAUGGCUUUGUGCCUCUGACACUCUGGCAUACAAGUGCAGCCUCACUAACCGUCCCACACCUACUAUGAGGAAUAUCUAUAGUACACUGGCACGUCUUUUUGAUCCACUUGGCUUUCUCGUUCCCUUCGCCAUGCGGGCCAAAAUCAUUGUCCAGCAAUUAUGGAACAAAGAGAGAGAGUGGGAUGACCCGUCACUGCCAGAUGAUGCCCUCAAGGCCUGGAUAACCUGGGAGAAUGAGCUGCAGCACCUUCCAGAGAUUGUCUUGCCACGAUGCUAUUCAAGCCCCCCUCUGGAUCACCCAAGUUCCGUCAGGAGCCUCCACAUAUUCUGUGACGCAUCUGAGAAAGCUUACGGAUCAGUUGCGUAUCUUCGUACGGAGGGUUCAGGUGGUAAAGUGGAGGUGGCCUUUCUGACUGCACGUUCUAGAGUGGCCCCUAAACGCCAGCAGUCGAUACCACGAUUAGAGCUAUGUGCGGCGGUGACUGGAGCUCAGUUGGCAAGGUUGUUGCAGCGUGAACUCACCCUGGUACUUCAUGAAGUGGUACUCUGGACAGACUCCACCACAGUUCUUACAUGGCUUCAGUCAGACUUAUGCAGGUUUAAGGUGUUUGUGGGCACCAGGGUCUCCGAGAUCCAGGAGCUGACUGAGGCCCAAGCAUGGAGGUACGUGGAUUCUGAAAAUAAUCCCGCGGAUGACAUUACGCGCGGGAAGACCCUAACGGAGCUGGGGGGGGAGAGCCGGUGGAAGCACGGCCCAGCAUUUCUGCGCAUGUCAUCUGAGUAUUGGCCUACUAAGCCAAAGGCUGAGCAGUUGGACGCCACAGAACUUCGCAAGGCCACAUUCUGCGGCUCUAUCACCACCACCCCUCUUCCGCCCUUACUUGAUGCCAGCCAAUUCAAUGGUUUCAGGGACAUGUUAGAGGAGGUUGUGAGGUCCCGCCAUGGGGCGGCAGGUAGCCAGUCAACGCCAACUGCACAAGACUAUCGGGAUUCUGAGAGAGAUUUACUGAGGCAAGUCCAGUUAGACUGCUUCGGGGAGGACUUUCAACACCUCUCAGAAGGAAAACCUGUCCCUUCCUCCAGCCGGUUGAUUACAUUAGCCCCUGAAUAUGAUGAUCGACUGCAGCUGAUCCGGGUUGGAGGCAGAUUGCGUCGCAGUGACUUGCUGGACACAGAAACCAUUCAUCCGAUAGUUCUGGACCCAGCUCACCAGGUGACUAAACUCAUCAUACAAGAUGCUGACCGUGAUCUUCGUCAUCCAGGCUCAGAGCGACUCUUUGCAGAGCUUCGCCGACGGUACUGGAUCCUUCGGGGAAGAGAAGCUGUGAAGCGGCACCAGCACUCCUGCACUGAUUGUCGGAGAUGGAGAGCGAAGCCUGCAGUGCCACAAAUGGCAGACUUACCUCUUGCCCGCCUGCGGUUAAUGAAACCACCUUUCUUCUCUACAGGAACGGAUUGUUUUGGGCCCUUCAUGGUCAAAAUCGGACGGCGUAAUGAGAAGCGUUGGGGUAUAUUAUUUAAGUGCCUUACUACCCGAGCUGUCUACAUAGACGUCCUGACUAGUCUAGACCAGGAUUACUUUCUGAUGGCCCUCCGCAGAUUCAUCUCACACAGAGGAAAACCAGCGGAGCUUCUGUCGGACCAGGGCACAAAUUUCAGAGGGGGAGAGUGGGGAAUCCACAAGUCUUUCGAGGCACUGCACCCCACUUUACAAGCAGAACUGGCCAAACAUCAGAUUGAGUUCAGAUUCAACCCUCCAAGUGCGCCUCACUUUGGUGGUGCAUGGGAGAGGGAAAUCAAAUCUAUCAAAGCUGCCCUGUAUGCUACGAUCCAGAUGCAGACAGUGACAGAAGAAGUCCUGCGCACGGUUCUGAUUGAGAUAGAGGGCAUCCUAAACUCUAAGCCCUUGGGGUAUGUAUCCAGUGACGUUGCAGACCCUGACCCAGUAACCCCCAAUCUGCUUGUGAUGGGGCGGCCCGACCCAUCGUUGCCUCAAGUAUUGUAUCCAGAGUCCGAGCUGUUGAGCCGCCGCCGCUGGAGGCAUACGCAGGUCCUCGCUGACCAAUUCUGGAGGACAUUUAUUAGGCACUAUCUUCCUGCCUUGCAGACGCGCACCAAGUGGCAGAAAGAGGUGGCCCCACUACAAUCUGGGGCUGUUGCCAUGAUCGUUGACCCACAACUCCCGAGGGCACUUUGGCCUAUUGGCCGCAUCACUAAGGUUAUCCCAGGUGCAGAUGGGAGGAUUAGGACAGCAGAGAUCCAGGUGAACAACAGAACUUACACCCGGCCAGUUGCCCGUCUUGUUCCACUUCCUGCCAUACCUGAGACAGCACCUGAGACCAAUAGUCCUUCUCUAGGACAGCAAAUUUAACUGUGCAAAUUUGGGGGCGGCUGUAAAGAAGGACUCGUUAUUAAUGUCGUGGUAACGGGGAUCAGCCAAUCAGCGCCUUUGUUUUUGGAGUCACGGAGAGGACACCCGUUUUGCGCGAACUGAUAGGUUUCGUUUUUGAGUUAACGGUGAGAGUGGCCGGGAAGCCCAUCGUAGAUAUUUCUGAGGAGAAUAGUUAAUAAAUCAGUCAUCUGUGCUGUGAUCCGUGCAUGUGUGCGUUCAGAGACAUGUGAGUACCCUGGUGAAUGUUUUACAUAUGUGUUUUUGGUUGUUGUUGUUACUGAGAGAAGGCUGUUAAUAAUAAGCUAAUGUGUGCUGGUAUAUUAUUUUGUUUAUUUGAUUUAAAUAGCUAAAGUUACCUGAAGGGAAGAUUAUACUAAAUGACAAGUAUUAGCUUUAAUAAUUGUAUCCUGACAGCAUUUUUUGUUACUUAUAUGCUGAUAUUGUUCUUUUCUUUAUUGUUGUUGUAGAACCACACAUACUGUACAUUCUAAGAAGACAGACAAUCAUCUGUUGGCUGUCAAUAAACCCCUUCAAGAGAGUCAGAGCAUCCAGUUGCAUUCUUACCGAUGCACCACAGUGGUCACUUAUCCCAACAAGCUAUAAUUACAGUCCUAGCUAUCAAGGUCUUCGUUUCACCACCCAUUUAUAAACACUGCUUCAGGAAUAGCGUCAUGCGUCUCACUCACUCACACACACACACACACACAGACAGACGCCUAGCGCGGAGGCUGUCAAACGCAAAAGUCCGGUGAGAGAGAGUCACUUGUGGGAUCUUUUCAACUUUAAAUGAUUCAACAUCUUUGGGAACGGCUGAAAAACCACGACAGAGCUCACCACAGACAGAGUGUGUUGAAGUAGAAAUUCUUGAGGAAUCAACAUCCAAGGACAACUUUCUGGAAAACAGUCAGGCAAACCAGAACAACAUAUCAAGCCUCCAGUAACACACGCCGUCCCUCUCUAAAGCAUCCACGCUUUUGAGCUCAGUCCACGCUUUU